AUGCCCACCGCAAAAGAGCACAGCACAGUUGUCAACGUCAUGAACAACUCAACCUCUGCUAGCAUCUUGAAUGCCAGUGCGGUUGCAAGCCUGGGGAUGUCGCCUACCGAUCUGGUGGAGGUGCACCUGCUGGAGCUGCCCGAUGUUGUUCAGGAUACCAUCUCCGCCGCCAAAUCUACCCAAACGGCUGCUGCAAUCGAACCAACCACACAAACCGCCCCGGCGAACGCGACUUCGCAGGAGAGUGCCAACCCGUGUCCGCCUGAGCUGCUUCUCCCGCAUGCCAAGAAAGUGGAGAUACUCGCCGACGUGCGCGCGGGCAAGCUCAGCAAGGCUGAGAUAGUGUACAAGUACCACAUACGUUGGGCCAUCCUGUACGAUGUCAUAAGGAGCGCCAGCGAAAUAGACGCCGAACAGAGGCGCCUCGGGCUGGCUCCCGAAACGCCGGACUCGCAUCCGGUGCGCAAAAUUACUCAUGGAGGAUUUCCCACAGCGAAUACAAAGGCCAAUGUAGGCAAUAUCAGCAUCACAGCUCCAGUGACCACCACGAAGGAGACAGGCAAAGCCGGGGGCGGCACGAGCACGAAGAAAUCAAAGCCUCCGCCAGCAGAUCUGCGUGCUGUGUCCUCGCAAACAUUGCGCUCGCUUGGAAAGGGGUCACUGAUGACAUUCAUGUCAACCACAAAUGGUACUGAUGCAAUGACGCAAGUCAACCACAGACGUCAGGCUGACAAGGGUUCAAGCACCGCUACGCGGGACUUCCAGAAACUGCUGUCCGAAGGGAACCCAGAUGGUGACGGCGAAGGCGCGCGGUCACCAGAGCACUUGCGACACCUUCAUGGCACGUACGGCUACAGUAAGGCAAAUCGUGGCAAAGUCAUCGGCACUCGUCGGUCAAACGCUGCGCCUUCACCCCAACCAGAAUCCAUGACUGAACCCAUGGGUGCGCCGGCAUCCGCACAGUCGCCCGGCUUCACUGUCACGAUAAUCAAGCAAGAAGUCGACAGUGAUGCUGAAGAUGUCAUGUAUGAUCCUCUUGUUGUUCCAAAGCAGGAACCUCUUUCACCGCAAGAAGAAGAACACUGUGAUGACUUUGAAGAACACUGCGAUGACUUUGAAGAACACUGCGAUGACUUUGAAGAACACUGUGAUGACUUUGUCAUGAAGUGUGAGGUGGACGCUGAUGACAGUGACGAACAAACUUUGCAGCCACCUCCACCUGUUGUUACUAGCACUGUCAGCCAAUGGGAUAACGUCACUGUGAAAACAGAACCGCCAUCUCCGUGAUGCACUGUAGAUGUGACUCAUAAUUUAUAGGUUUCACAGGCAACGUGAAGCAAGCUUAAAUAAGAACAUACUUCUGUGCAUUGAUAAAACUUGUAGUAGGCACAUAUUGUUUGAUGCCACCUAUAGAAACCUUCAGUAUUUUUGGUGUGCUUAAUAACGGAAUGAUUAAAACUAGUUACUUGAUGUUUUCAAUAUAAGUUCCAUACAGCACAUUUUGAAAAACCACUUUCAUUUGCAAUGAAAAAUUUUUUCUUUUACUCUUGUUUUAUUCACAAUCUAAAUAAAGCAACUUCAGUGCGAA